GCUGUUCGGGCAGCAGUGAGCUGGUGGCGGGCGGGUGAGCUGCCAGGCUGACAGAAAGGCCGGCCAGAGUGGGGGCCGCUCCGCUGCCGCUGCCGUUGCCGCCGCCGCUGUGAUGCGAAGCCAGAGCUGCGCCCAGCGGUGGAAUCAGAGCUGGGGCGCGGGAGCACGAGCUGCAACAUCAGCACCAGCGGCGGCGGCGGCGGCGGCGGUACCUGCAGUAGCUCCCGGGCCCCGCGCUUUGCUCUACGCCCCGCGGCUCCGGGAGCCGCCGCCCCGCGUUCUCUAUGGAUGUCAAGGCGGCCCCCAACGGGGUGGCCACCAUCGAGGACCGGAUCCUGCGGAUUACUGGCUACUAUGGCUAUUACCCGGGUUACUCCAGCCAGAAAAGUACCACCAGAUCAUCAGUUACUCGAUGCAAACCAGGACCCAACUGCCCCAGUUCACACAGCAGCAUCAGCAGGCAACUGUCCCCUCUGUCGGUCACGGAAGAUUCUUCUGCUCCUAUUCUUGAACUUCAGAGCCGAGGAUCCUCUGGAGUUUGUGGUCGAAGAGUGGAGAGACAGAGCAGAUCAGGGGAUGAUGGGACACAGACUCGUCCUGAGAGCAGCAGCCAAGAAAACGGACUCAAGGCUCGAUGCCUGUCCUGCACAUCCAUGGUUCUGAAGACCAUCUGGGGACUCUUGAUCAUCUUGUCAGUGUCAUCAUCUUGGGUUGGAACCACACAAAUUGUAAAAAUCACUUACAAGAAUUUUUAUUGUCCCUUUUUCAUGACAUGGUUUUCAACAAACUGGAACAUUAUGUUUUUCCCAGUCUAUUAUUCCGGCCAUCUAGCCACAGCUCAAGAAAAGCAGUCGCCAAUAAAAAAAUUCAGGAUAUAAAUGGAGUUCACUGUGGAAAUAAAGAAGUGAGAGCUCUAUGGUUGGUGAUGAAUGGGAGGAAGCAGGAUGAGCCCCCUUACUUUGUGUCCCUUACCUCAGGUCAUCACCAUCAUCAUGGUAAGAAACAUUCAGGUGAUGUCAGUAUCUCCAUCUUAACACAAAACAGAAACAAAUUCCAAAAGGCUGAAGUUCUGGCCUGAGGUUAGCGGUACAGAAUAGAACCCUGAUUUAUAUUCAGAUUCUUUUUUAUUUGUCUCUGAAGGUCAUGUGUUCAAACUGUCCUAAACUCUAGAGGGAAAAAAAAACCUAUAUUAAUAAAAUUAAUUGCUGUUACACAAACAUUUGCUUAAUUUUUCCAGCAUUCUGAUGCCUUAACAGAUGAAAUUGUCUUGCUUAUUGAGAUGGGAAGCUGAGCACUGAGCAACCUGAAGAGAUGCCAAUUUCUGUUGGUGGGACACUUGGGCCUUUGUGUUAUUUGGUAAAUAUGUGUAAUGGUGGCUAGCCUACUUGUCUAAUGGUUCUGGUAUUUGUUUAGUACUAAGUCAGGUCUCUGGAAGUGCUCAGUAACCUGACAGGGCUAAUGUCAGUCUCUGUAUAGCACUCUUGGAAGGCAAAAGCAAUGUUUUGGUCAUAUUUAUUUUGUUUGGUUGCUUUUAGUUUUUUGGGUUUUUUUAUUUUUUUGGUUUUUUGCUUAUUUGUUUGUAGACUAUAGCAGGUAAAGUGUUUACCUUGCAAACAGGAGAAUCUGAGUUCUGUACCAGAACAAAAAAGAAAAGGGAAAAAUAUAUAUAUAAGCUUGGUUGAGCAUUUUGUUAUCCAAGCACUGGGGAAAUGGAGACAAGAGGAACCCUGGAACUCAGAGGCCAACAAGCCCAGCCUCCCUGGUGAGCUCUAGACCAGUGAAAGACCUUGUCCCAAAAAACAAGGUGGAUGGUAACUGGGGAAUGACAGCCAAAACUAUCUUCUUGCCUCUCCAUACAUUCACACACACGCGCGCACACACACACACCCAUGCACACUCACACAGUUUCUUUGUUAGAAAGGGAAAAUCCAGAGCUGAAGAACAACCUUUGCGACUACAAUGCUCAUGCCUGUGUCCUCAUGCCCGUGUCCUCAGGAGAUCACAGUUCCUGAUCUUCACCAGAGUGACAAUGAAUGUGUCACACAGGAGCUCAAAUAAGCCUUCUUUAUUCCCCUGUGCUCAACCAAACAGAAAUGACUAUUAUGAUUGGUACAUUCUGAGAUUAGAUUUUAAAACACUUCCACUUCUUGUCACCUAUCUGGAAGUGUGAGGGAAUGGUUAAAUCACACUGUGAGCUAGUUCUCUCUAUGUGACCAUCAAUGUUUAAUUUAAAGAAACAAAAAGACUGCUGGAGAAGUGGCCAGUGGUUAACAGUACUUGUUGCUCUUGAAGAGGACUUGGGUUUAGUUCCUAGAACUCGAAUGGUAGCUUACAGGCAUCCAUAACUUCACUUCCAGAGGAUCUGAUGCCUUCUUUUGACCUCCUUGGGUACCAGGAACAUACAUGGUAUGUAUAUACAAUAAAAUUUAAAAAUCUAAAUUUUUAAUUAAAAAAAUAAAAUAAAACAAUAAAUAUUACCUUUUAUUUAAAAAAGAAAAGCCCCAUAAUUGUUUGUGUGCCAGAUAUCUUGCUGUCUGUGCUCUUCCGCAAAGCACCUGUGGUUUGAAACACAUGUGAUAAAAACAAUUAAAGGAUAAGAGGAGGGAGUGCAUCGUGAGAGCACUGUGAAGCAGGCUGCGCUGCUCUGUCCAGGCUAAGACAUUUACAGCAGGCUGAAAGGAGACUUGAGGAAUGAGCUGCCUCUCCCCCACAUCCCUCCUAUCGGACUAACUCUGAGCUUUGCAGGCUCUGUACCUUGACAAGAUGCCUCCACCUGUCAGCAGAGUUUGAGCAAAGCUGGUAGUUUCUGAAAUCGAAUCAAAGGACUUUUACUGUGAAGCAGAGAACACUAUCUGUGAGAGGCCUGUUCUCUAGUGAGAACAAUGAGAGCGAAACAUGGUCAAAAAACUCUUGGAUCUUUGAUCUCUUUUCCCUGCAGACUCAUUAACAGCAUCUGCUAAAAAGGGGCUCUCAAGCUUUCAGGCCUGCACAGGGGGGCAUGAGUGAGUGUGGAAGUCUGAAGGCAGAAUUUUCCCAUUGCAGACGAUCUCUCAUUUUUUUUUCCUCAACAGUAUGGAAGAAUUUCAUGGGAUUUUAUUUUCUUAUCACUAACAUCAAAGGAAUUUUCAAUAAAGUAUCAAAUCUAGGUGAUAAGAUAUGUCCCCUUAGAAAUGGAUUUUGAUGAAUCUGUUGUUCCAAUUAAAUACUGCCAGAACUCAAGUGCCUCAAGUACAUUUGAAAUUUACAGAGAAAGGAAAUUAUUUGCUGUAGCUUUAAUAAAGAUGCUUCAUUACCAGGGCAAAAAAAAAAAAAAUCUCUAGAAAGAAUGAGAGUCAAAUCCAGCAGUCUGUGAUGAAAUGUGCUUAAAGCACCAUUUGGUAUAUAAAAAGUGCUCACUUGACAUACAGACAGUGCUUAAUAACUAAAAGCUGCUACUAUACAGGGAGUGUAACUAAUUUAUUAUUUCCCCAGCCCCUGGCUUCAUUCCAAACUUUGCCUCUUAUCCAGAUAUUCUGUUCCCAUCACCCCAAAGAGAGGCACACUGUUCAUUGCUCCUUAGGAAAUACCCGUUCUUUGAGUGUUCACAUUUCUCAAGACCUAAGGCUUACAUUGCAUAGAUUUUCACAUGGGUCACUAAGAAUGUGGAAAGGGAAGGAAUAAGAGGAAGACUUCUGUCGUCUGCAACAACAGUUUCAUAUGGGGAGGUAGACAGCAAUGAGAGGAAUGAGUGGACAGAGAAGUAAGGAAAGACUGAGUACCUGCGUGACGUGACCAGCUAGAUCAGAACAACCUGUGCUAGUGAUCAGCUUUGUGGGCCACUUUGCCCUUGGAUAGUUGUCUCUCUCCAUCCCUAGAGAACUAUGCUCCUUCCCCGCCCCACUGGCUUGACUUGAGAUUCUCAUCUGGUGACUAUGGUCUCCAGGUAAGAACCAUCACAGAGCCAGGAAUAAGAAGAGAGAAAGCCAUUUAAUAAAUGUUUUUCUACGUGUGCUUUGGUAAAUGUGUAUUCACAAAGGCAUCUACUGGUGGUGGAUAAAAUAAUAAACCAAGGACUCUCAACUCCUUCUUGCUUUCUGGCCAGGCAGAUGCCCCACCCUACCAGGAGCAAACCUUGCAUCUGAGGCAGUGUGGAAGCAUUGCCAUUCACCCUCUUCACAAAGCUGCCACUUACUGUCACCAGCAGCUGCAGGGCUGCAAAGGGGCCAUUAGUUUUUCUGUGUGAUACGUGAGACUUCUGUGUGCUUUACUGAAGGCUUUGGCCUUUAUUGAUUCCCUACAGUGAAGUUGUGUCUCUGUCAAGUAAAAACUUCCCUUUGGGAAAUUUCAUCUUCCUUUUAGUAAAACUCCCAAUUUAAAGAUCUAUUUCACAUGAAAGACAACCCACAAGACAGAAUUCCCUGCAUGACAAAGGUUCAGAGUGUGUGUGUGUGUGCUUGCACGCAUGCAUGUGUAUAUGUGUAUAUGUGUAUAACACAGUUUUGACCUUUCUGAAACCCCAGCAUCCUUAACUACUCAAAUGCAAGCAGGGUUUACCCAGUGACUCGUUAUUUCCGGCUCAGCUCCCUGUUCUUAGAGCCCUUCUCACUCUUUCAUUCCAGCAUCCCCAAACAGGAGGCUACUUCAUUUGUAGAAAUCCCUUAACAUAAACUUAGCUUAUGUUAAGUGCUUUCAGGACAGUGAUCUCUCUUCAGUAAAAGCUGAACUACUGUUUGUACUGUCUAAGCCAUAAAAAUGCAUUCUCCUGUAAAUAUGCCCAAAUAUUAGCAAAGUGUUGCUUUGAACAAGAUAUUUAUACUACUUUUAAAAAUAUCAUGCUGGCAAAUGAUGACUGUCCAGUAAAUAUUAUGUGUUCAUAUUUGUGAUUGCAAUUACAGUAUACUUCCAAAGGGAGUCAUUUCAGACCACAGAAGCUAGGCACUGUCACCACCCCACUGCUGCUCCUGUCUGAAUAUGACUUAUUAAAGUGGCCCCAAAAGAUGAGUAGCCAAUUUAAUCAUAAAUCAAACAAAUCAAAGGUUUCACUGAAGGAAGUGACUACUUUCAUGUACUGAAUUCAAACUGGACGCUGCUUGUGAGCAUUUAGGUACACCCUGAGCCUCACACUUAACUUUUUAGGGUUGUCACAGAAACUUUCUUUGUUCUGCCUUAAGAAAACUAAACUUUGUCACUGAAGAGAGAUCUUACAAAGAAGCAGUAUCCCAGAAAUAAUUAAAUCGCAAAGCGUGGGAGGCUUGAUGGACACACAAAAGCUCCCUGUCCACAGGCUUCUGGGAGCCACCCACGCAGCCCAGUUACACUACAGCAGCCACCUUGGUCCCGUCCCCUUUGCACGUGGGAAGCUUCAAGCUUUGUCAGUAGCUAGUGACUUUGGUCGACUGCCCAUGUUGGAGUUUCUCCAGGCUUCUCCCAGGACCUUCAAAGGCUGCAGAGUGGCUGGUCAACUCAGAAGGAUAUGAUGAGCAAAGUGUCCUGUUCUUGGUGGAGCAGCUGGGGGCUCUUUCCAAGGACCGCCUGAGGGAAUGCAGUCGGAUUUUUGGUGAAGAUGGCCUGACACUGAAGCUCUUUCUUAAAAGAACUGCUCCUUUUUCUAUUCUGUGGACUUUGACAAAUUACCUGUAUUUGCUGGCUUUAAAGAAGCUGACGGCCACUGAUGUCUCUGCUCUGUUCUGUUGCAACAAAGCCUUUGUCUUCUUGCUGUCCUGGAUUGUGCUGAAGGACAGGUUCAUGGGCGUGCGGAUUGUCGCAGCAAUAAUGGCAAUUACGGGCAUUGUCAUGAUGGCGUAUGCGGAUAAUUUCCACGCUGAUUCCAUCAUCGGUGUGGCAUUUGCCGUAGGCUCAGCCUCCACAUCUGCACUGUAUAAGGUUCUGUUUAAGAUGUUUCUGGGCAGUGCCAACUUCGGUGAAGCUGCACACUUUGUCUCCACCUUGGGGUUCUUCAAUUUGAUCUUUAUCUCCUUCACUCCCAUCAUCCUGUAUUUCACCAAAGUGGAGCACUGGUCCUCCUUCGCAGCGCUGCCCUGGGGCUGCCUCUGUGGGAUGGCGGGACUAUGGCUAGCAUUCAACAUCCUGGUCAAUGUUGGAGUGGUACUGACAUACCCAAUCCUCAUCUCCAUUGGGACAGUGCUCAGCGUCCCUGGAAACGCAGCUGUAGAUCUCCUUAAGCAAGAAGUAAUAUUCAAUGUAGUCCGCCUGGCUGCCACCAUCAUCAUCUGUAUCGGGUUUCUCCUGAUGCUACUGCCGGAGGAGUGGGAUGAAAUUACACUGAGAUUUAUCAACAGCCUGAAGGAGAAGAAGAGUGAGGAGCAUGUGGAGGACCUGACAGAUGUCAGCGUGCACCUGAGGAGCAGAAGCAGGGUCAACGGGACAGUGUCCAUACCGCUGGCUUGAAACGGAACGACCUCUGGAUGCACAUGUGUGUAUAUUCUGUGAAUAUAAAAUUUCUCACUACCUGUACACUCAAAUGACACUAUCAACUCUGAGUUUAAAUAACCCAUAUGUGAAAUAUCGCCAACAAUAAAAGUUUACAUUUAUAUGCA